AUGAUAAUCCUAAUUUUUAUUUCUUUAACCAGAUUUAUUGUAACUCUAAUUUUAAUAACUUUAUCUCUUACUGUUUCUAAAAAAACUAAUAAAAUACGAGAAAAAUUAAUUCCAUUUGAAUGUGGAUUUAACUUUUUUAAUUUUGCACGAAUACCAUUUUCAAUACAGUUUUUUUUAAUUGCAAUUAUCUUUAUUAUUUUUGAUGUAGAAAUUAUUUUAAUUCUGCCACUAAUUCCAAGAAUUUUUAAGAGAAAUUUAAUUAAAUGAAGGUUAACAUCAACAUCUUUUUUAAUAAUUUUAAUUUUAGGAAUUUUUAUUGAAUGAAAAGAAAAAUCAUUUGAAUGAAAAAAAUAA